GGUUGAUUGUUAUCGAUUGUAACCGUUUUGUCGCCUGUGUGGCCGCAGCCCGGGUGGCGGUGAUGCCCGCAGCAUGUGGCACACGUGGCUUAGUAACCUGCACGUACAACCACACGUGCAACUCUUGCCGCUCCCGCUAGGUAUGUAAAAACAGUGGCCACAAGGAUGUGCAGGCCCCUCGUGCUUCCGGCUUAGCCUUCCCCUCCCUUCGCCGUGGCCGCCGCCAACUACACGAACGCAGUAGCACACCUCGACUCCUCGCGCGACCAUUCGGACAGUGACAGGUCACGUGACUAUUUGUCCCGCUUUUAAACCGCUUUUAAUUUCGCGGAAUCGAGCGGCAACAUGCCAGGUCUUCAGUAUGGGCUUGUUUUACUGCCGUGUUAGUUGUGUUAUGCCGCGGGAGGAGCGCCGCGCAGUGUUGUUGUGUUUUGGCGCCUUGCCAGCUCUUAUGACAUAAUGAUAUAAGUGGUAACACGGACCAGAGUUUCCAUAGAAGGCUAUAAGAAUUGUAGGACCAAGUGAACACUGUUUGUGUGUGUGUGUGUGUGAGUGAUUCAGUCUGCGGAAUGUGAGGAUCGCCGGGUUAGAGGAGUCCCCCAAUACUGGAACUAUGGAUUGUCCCGGGCUGAGAAGAGGCGGGAUUGCUGCGUAUUCCAUCUGCCCGGUUGUCAAUGAUGUGAGAGUGAGACACUAUGGGCCCUAAAGACAGGGACCGUGGUGGAGGGGGAGGAGGUGGCAGUGGUGGGGGCACGGAUGGUUCCUCCUCCUGCCUGUUGUCCUCGGAGGAGUGGCUCCACCGCCUUCUGGCAGCCAUCUCCAAGAUUAAGUCCCAGAAGCAGCGGCCCAACCUGGAACGCAUCACGCAAACCAUGAGGCAGCUGUACACGGUGCCGCCUGACCUGGUGGUGGCCAAUCUUCAGGCACAGGUGGACGUCGGCGCUAUCCUCCACAUCGAGAACAAAGGGAUAGAGUCGUACGCCGACCCCAAGAACCCGCCGCUACGCACGGGGCGGGUGAGCGUACGCACGCCCACGGCAAGCUCGCGGGCGGCUGACCUGGUGGGAAAGGUGGUGCGGGCGGUGCGGGAGCUGGGGCAAGAGGGCGCCUCGCUCAAGGACAUCACGGCCCACCUGCAUUCCCAGGGCGCCCUCCCCACUGAUGACCCGCAGAUCGGCAACCUGGUGAGGCACGCCACCAAGCGAGCCCUGCAGCGGGGCUUUCUGAUCCAGAGCGGGAAGAACUUCACGCUGGGCACGGCCGCCAGGCACCGCAAGUCGGGUGCCGCCAGACCUUCCGCCUCCAAGAAGCUGAUCGGGGGCGGCAUCGACGAUGACGAUGAUGACCUGGGCGUCCAUCUGCACAGUCCUACCCUGGACGGCUCCAAUCCCCACCUCCAGAAUACCACCAUGCCUAUCUGCUGCGAGUGCCUGGGGACAGAAAAGAGUGUUAAUGGUGGCUUCAUUCACUGUACCUUCUGCGGAACUUCAGUGCAUCCUAAGUGUCUGCGGCUUGACCCCUCGGCCUCUGUCAGACUACAGAAGCAAGGCUGGCAGUGUGAAGCAUGCAAACCCUGCAUUGUGUGCCGAAAGACUGGCUCAGAGAUUCUGGGCAGCCUUAUCAUGUGCAGCUUCUGUGAUGAUGGCUACCAUGUAAGCUGUACCACCCCACCCCUGGAGCAGCGGCCCAUGUCCCCCAAUUGGUGCUGCUCCCACUGUACCAAAGGGCCACGAGCUGCCACAACCACCACCACCACAUCCACCAGCAUAAACAACAAUAAUAACAACAGUCGUAGCAUCACGUCCUCCCCCAGUAGUAGUGUGACAGGGGAGGGCACAACACCCACCUCAAACACCUCAGCCUCCAACAGAAAAGGUCGGGGGAGGUCGCGGAAAAGCUUACAGGAGGUGAACGCAAGAAGUAGAAAAUACAGCACCUCAUCUUCUAGUUCGUGUUCAAGAUCUGCAUCACGAUGGCGCAAGAAGAGUGAGAGUGACCACCACAAGGAGCCAGCCAGCGACUCUGAUGACAGUGAGGGUAUGCAUGGCCAGAUUGGUCCUCCCAAGAAACUUAUUAGUGACAAGUUAUCCAAAGAGAAGGCUAAGUUUUUCAAAAGAAGUUUUGGGGAAAAGGGCAAAGUUAGAGCGGUGACAAAGAGUGACUUGCAGGUGGAGUCUCACAGUACUGCGGGUGCAGGUGCGUCUAGGCCAGCAAGCACAGGCAGUCGAGGUAGACAGGCAGAGUUGGCAACCGAGUUUAGCUCGAGUGGACCAGACUCCACCUCAGACACAAGCAGUAGCGAUGAGUCAGGCACUGGUCCGUCUGAGGUUGCCAGAGUGCGUUCUGGCGGUGAGCCCAGCCCGUUGCUGUCCUGCAGCCCAGCAGGAAACACUAGUGUUUCAGGGACUGGUAUUCCUGCUAGAAAGUCUGAGUCUCUUAGUGAGGGUGAAGUAGAUUCUGGGAGUGGUACUCCCCAAGAGGAACGCAGCUCCUCCUCCACUAAUUCCUCCAGUGCCAUGAUGUCCUCAGGCCCUCUCCGCAGCCUCUUCGAUGGCCUCAGUCACUUGUACACUCCUUAUGAUUCUCGCAAGAGGCCGCUGCAGGCACAACCAAAGUAUAAAGGACCAAAGAAAUUAAUGCAGCCUUCAAGAGAGGGGGAAAGUGCAGCACCAGGGGAGGUCAGGGUUGGGGGUGGGACAACAGUGGAGGAAGAAGGGGAAGGGCCACAGCGGGGCAUGGAAUGUGGCGGUUUGAGUGCCGGGGGUGUAGAAAGUGGUGGCACAUGGUCGACUUGGGCAGCCCAAAGGUGGCCGGCCUCUAGUGUGGGGGUCAUCCCGGGCGGUGCCAGCGGGGCCCCUUCAACACGGCCCGUGGGAGCCCCUCUGGUGGCCAGCCCAGUUGGUGGCUGCCUCGGCCAGGCCCAGGCAGCUGACGGACGCAAAUGGUGCAAGAUGAGGGCGGAAGGCUGCUGCAGCCACACUGGGGGUCAGGUAGUGGAGCGCAGGCCUGGCAGCAUGGAAAAGAUGCCUCGCCCCGUCCUGCCCCCGGGAGUCACCGAGAGGGACCUGGAGAUGUUCAAGAAGGCUCAGGAGAAGGCAUCACAGGAGAUGGACAAGAACCGGACCACAGUGCAGGAGCGAGACCCCUUCAACAUGUCUCGAUGCCCUGCCAGCAUUGACUUUGGCCAGUAUGACAUCCAGACGUGGUACUCAGCACCCUAUCCCCAGGAGUAUGCGCGGCUAACCAAGCUCUUCCUGUGUGAGUUUUGCCUCAAGUACAUGAAGAGUGCGUCCAUGCUGGGCCGCCACCUCAAGAAGUGUGUGUGGCGUACUCCACCGGGGACAGAGAUCUACCGCAAGGAUGGUUUGUCCGUCUUUGAGGUUGAUGGUAAUGUGAGCAAAAUCUACUGUCAAAAUUUGUGCCUGUUAGCUAAGCUGUUUCUGGACCACAAGACCCUCUACUAUGAUGUGGAGCCGUUCCUCUUCUAUGUGUUGACCCGUAAUGAUGAGAAAGGGUGUCACCUGGUGGGGUAUUUCAGCAAAGAGAAGCUGUCUGCUCUCAAGUACAACGUGUCAUGCAUCAUGACUAUGCCCCAGUACCAGCGCCAGGGUUAUGGACGCUUCCUCAUCGACUUCAGUUACCUUCUCUCCAAGCGGGAGGGUCAGCCAGGGACACCUGAAAAGCCCCUCUCAGACCUUGGCCGAGUGUCUUACACUGCUUACUGGAAAUCCAUUGUGCUGGAGUACCUGUAUCACAUUAAGAAUAAGAACACCUUCAGCAUCCAGGAGGUAGUAAAAGACAAGGCUAUGUAUCCAGCAGAUGUUGCCUACACCCUCAACAUUCUAGGCUUCUUCAAGAGGGACUCCAACAACCAAAUGGUUGUUAGUAUAGACUGGAAGGUGGUAGAUGAACACUACCAGAAGCAGCUGAACAACCCGCGGCGGCUGAGGCUGGACCCUGAAGCUCUGCGCUGGUCUCCACUUUUGCCUGGACAUAAUAUUUCAGCACACCAGGACUCAGAUGAGGAGGAGGAAGAAAAGUUUGAGGAUGACAUGGUUAAGGUGGAGGACAAGAAGAAUGUGAUAGAAGGAAGUAGAGCAGAGGUGAAGGUGCCGAGUGCUGAGCCUUGCGAGUCUACUGCUCUGUUAGCCACCACAAGGGAGGAGGUGCAGGAUGAGGCCAGGGCCACACCGCCUGCCAACCACGUAAGGACUCACAGAUCCAACAAGAAUGCCUCAGUUACUCCGGUGUCAGCUGUUGAAGCCAAAGAAAGAGAAAAAGAGAACAUUAACAGCAACAGUGAAGCAAAGCAAAGGAACAACCGUUCCUUCCAUGCCAAAGGAGACGAAAAAUAUGUGGCAUCAAAGGAGGAUGCCUACGUCUUUAAGGAAGAAGAGGAAGAGGACUUUGAGCCCAGCUUCCGCAGUCUCAAGAAGGGUCGGCGAAGGUCACAUGCCCUCAAAGAAACCCAGUGUUCCCAGGAGAAGCACAGGGUGAAGAGUGCAGCUCAUAAUGAUGGGGAGGAGAGGAGGCUGGGUUCAGAAGAGGGUUUAAAGGCAUCAGACAAACAAACAUCAGAGGAAAAGCCACCAGGAGACAAGAAUGUAACUAGUGAGGUCACAAAGACAAGUCCUGAAGAUCAAAUGAAGGUUUCAGAACAUGGAAGGUCUGAAGACUCAAGAGCAAAGGCCAGUGAGAGUGAAAAUGUAAAUGAAGAUAAACGAGGAAGUGAAAAGACAGAAGCAGAUCGUACUUUACCAUCACAAAAAGAGCAAAAGAAAGAGGAUCACCAAUCAACAACUAAAGAGAGUGUGAGGGACCAAGGCAACACCAGAAGAACCACCACCACCUCAGAUGCUGCAGGUGCUACCAAUGCCACCCCAGAUCCAGCGUCCUGUCCCAGACACACCCGAAGAGCAGCAUCUUCAUCUUGGGUCUCAUAUGGUGACUUUGACAACGAUGAUUCCCAGGACACACCAGAGGAGACCCAUUCCCUUACCAGGAGCCGGCGUGAAGCCCAUGCCACACGCAGCAGCCGCAAGAAGUACCUGAAUGAGGAGCCUGAGGAGGAGAAGAGGAGGGAUGGCUCACUGAGAAGCAGGAGGAGGAUGGAGCAAGAGGAGAAUGACAAGGAGAACCAGCGGGAACAUGUAUCCAGGCGGAGGAAAAGGAUGGAGGUGGAGAGUGAGAUGGAGAGCCGAAGAGAGCCAACCAUUAAGAGUAGAAGAGUUGAUCCUGAGAUUGAGGAGGGCAGGAGAGAGGGCUCGGCCAGGCUGCGUCGGAGGACAGAGACUGAGGAGUGUGAAAGGGAGAAUCAGAGGGAGAGCUCUUUGCGGAGGAGGAGGAAGCCAGAGGUGGAAGAGAGUGAGGAGGAGUGCAACAAGGAAAUUACAGUGAGGCGGAACAGAAGGAGAGUAGAGGUGGAAGAGAGUGAGGAUGAUGCCACCAGAGAAGCUCCAGCUCAGAACAAUAUUGGGGUUGAGGUAGAGGAGAGUGAGGAGGAGCCAGCAAAUCCUAGCAAAGACUCCAGACUCAAGGUGAAGAGUGAGGAGGAGCUCCCAUCUCUCAGCAAAGACUCCAACCUCAAGGUCAAAGGUGAGGAGGAGUCAUUGUCUCCUAGUAAGGACUCCACCAGCAGACUCAGGGUGAAGGGUGAGGCUGUAGAGGAGGACCAGCAUCCAGUGGCAGGCUUGAGAGAGUCCUCACGGAUAAGGCGGAGACUGGAGCCGGAGGAAAAAAAGGAGUCCCGGGAUAUCCCAGAGCGGCCACACCGACUUCGAAACAAGACACAAGUGUACUCUGCGAGAAGCACCAACACAGGCACUGGCAGCAGCAGGAGAAGGAAGCACUCUGAGGUUGAAGAGGAAGAGGAAGUGGUGGUUGAAGUGACUAGCAGCAGGGGCCGGACCAUCAGGGUGAAGCACCACCCAGAGGCAGACGAGUAUCACAACAGCCACAGCCACAGGAACAAGCGCCACAGGAAGAGUGAGGAGGCUGAACACACCACCCCCAGGAAUGAAGAAACAGAAAGGACCACCAGGAGAAAAGAGGAGAUAGAGCGGCCUGUUAGGAAGGAAGCUGAAGAGAUGCAGCGCACCAGGAAAUCAAAACGCAUUGAAGAGCAGCCAGAACCACUCAACCUGAGGCCAAAGAAGUCCAGGCCAAGCCGUAACCUUGAAGGAGCUGCAGCAGGUCUGAGAACUAACCUUCCUCCAACACCUGUGGCAGACCAUGAGGAGGAGAGAGAAUUGGUGAAGAAAGAAGAAGAGGGCCAAGAAACUAUAGAACCUGAAAUGCCCCACCUGGAGCCCAUGGUGGAUUUAGAGAAACCUACUGAACAGUUGCAGGCUGAGAGAAAGAGUGAAGAUAAGGGCAAAUGUGACAAUCCACAGGAGACCAAGACUGACCAGCUUGCAGUCUCAGACGUGGAUGAGAAAACCAAUGACAGCGACCAGUUGUCUCUGGUUAGGAAGAGAGGUUGGCCCAAGGGUGUUCCACGUGGUCCCAAGAAUACAACACGCAGGGGACGAUCUGCCAACCGGGGCCGAGCCAAGCCAAAGGUUAAGGAACACCAGAAGACCAGUGUGGUGGAUGGAAGUGAUGUGCAAGAGACUUUCUCAGAAGACCCCGAAUUGAUGACACCUGUCAGCGAUGACCUGCAGGAGGAAGGGGAGACACACCAUGAGGCAGAAGAGGAGGAUGAGGAGGAGGAAGAGGAAGAGGAGGAGAGAGUGAGUCAUACUGAGGCAAAAAAUAGUGAUCAACUCAAACCUACUGAGUCAGGAGAAGAAAAGGUAUCAGAUCCUAAGGAAUCUACAAAACCAGAUGCCACUGAAAAGCAGCUUAUGGUGACAGAGGAUUGGUCAGACAAAACCGAGAGCACUGUGGAGUCAAAGAUUAGCGAGAAGCAAGAACCUUGUAAAAAGGAAACUGAAAGUAUUCUUUGGGAAGGUGACCGCUUGAAAGAUUCAGUGAUGAGAGAAAUGGAUGAAAAGAGACAAGAGGAAUCAGAUGAUGAAGAUGAGGGGGAGAAUAAUUUAGAGAGCAAGGAGGAUAAGAAACCAACUGGUGACCUGCCAGUAAGGGUAGGUGAAAUUGGGGAAUCAUUACUGAAUGCAGUGAAAGAAGUAGAGAUGAGGAAGGAAAGCAGUGAUGGUGCUGAGGAGAAACUCUCAGGAGAGAGCACACCAGAAUCACUGAAGCAGCAGGAUAAGGCUGAGACAGAGCAGAAAGAACGAAAACAGGACACUGAAGACAAAGAGAAACCAGCGGUUGGACACCAAGAGCUGAGUGAGGCUGAUAAGGCUGUUGCUAGCAUUAUGAAUGGCACUUGUGAGGGCAUUCCAAAUGGUGAGUGCCUGGACCAUGACAGCUAUAGCAGUCCACCGCCUGUGGAAGAAAUUCCCGAGGCAGUUGAGUGCAAAGUCGGUGAUGGCCGAGUGGAUGAAGCCUACCAGGAGGAGGUGACAAAGGCAGUGGAGAGCAUAUUUGGGGGGACAGAGGAGCGAGAUCCUACACUUGUGGAGGAUCCCAGGCCUCCAGAGAUGAUAGAGGAGCCAAAGAUCCUUGGUGGUAUCCUCACACCUCUCCCUUCAGGUCCACUUCCUCCCCCAACCCCACCUGUGGUUACACGUCCUUGCUCUUCCUUGCAACCAGAAGGAGAGGUAACUCCUCCAAGUCCUGCUAACUCCCUUGACCACUCCAGAUCCCCAGCAUCCUCUGCCCCACCCUCACCAAACCCAAGUUCUCCACCAAUCCCUAGCUCUCCACCCCCUGCUCCUGCCCCUCCAUCACCCACUCCUUCCUUGGAACCUUCUCCAUUGCCUUCAGACUCUCCAUUAGAGCCUCCUUGUGCCCCAGCCCCUGUCACUCCCACAUCUCCACAAUCUGUAGAAUCUCCAGCCUCUUCUUCUAUAGGGUCUCCUUCCUCCCUUCGUUCCUCCUCACCCAUAUCAGAGAUUCCUGUACAGCAUCCCUUGCAGCAACCUUCCUCUCCUCCCAUAAGCCUCCCCUCUCAGCCAGUUGGUCUGGAGGAUAAUCAGCCUUCAUGUCACCUGCCAGGGGUUGGUGAGCCUGUACCUGUAGCCGAGACUCCGGUGCUGUCCUCUGUAUCUAGUCACCAUAACCAAGAUGGACAGGACAGCAAAGAUCGGCAAUGUGAAUCUGUGAUAGAAAACCUGGAUCACUCGCAGGAACAAAAGAAUGAACAGGAAUUAGCCAAGGAGUGUUCCCAGGAUGAAGAGGAGGAAGAUAAUAAUGUGAGGGAGCAGGAGCCCUCCAUCCCAGGGAUGUCUGAAGCCCUCAGUGAUGCCACCCACCAGGAGGAGAGCCUGGCAUCACAGAUGGACCAGGCUUAUGAAGCCACAGACACCACUAAAGUCGACAGUCACUCAAGUGGUCAAGACAACCCACACAUGCAUGAUCUGGCCUUAGAGGUUGGAGAUGGGCCCAAGGCUGUGAACUCUUCUGCUGGGAACACUCCUCCCUCCUCUUGUGGGUCUACCAAUACAACAUCUGUGAUCACUCGCCAGGCCCCCACCCCCACCCCACCCCACCAACAGGAGACUGGAAGCAUGGGAGUUUACACUCCAGACUCCACAACAAACUCUGUUCACUCCAUGCAUGGGUAUUCCCAAGGGGAGUUUGAUGUAUCACAAUUGGGCAUUGAAUCUCCUACUUCCAUAUCCAGUAAUGAAAUGGCUCACUCAGUGGAAGCUCCCCAGCAAGCAUCCACUCCCCAAAGUUACAGUGAUUGUGCCCAGUUACCUGGACAACAGGUUCAACCACCAACUCCUACCCAUGUACAACCCACUACUCCUACCCAUGUACAGCCCACCACACCAACCCACACACAACCCACCACUCCCACUCCUCCACAUAUAGCACGGACCACCCCCACUCCAACUCCCAUACUGCCUCAGCCAAUACCUCAGCCUCAACCACAGCCUCAACCACAACCUCAGCCUCAACCUCAGCCUCAGCCUCAACCACAGCCUCAGCCACUACCACUGUCCCAGCCCCCACCCCAGCCCCAGCCUCAGCCGCAGGCGAUAAUAACACAGGCAGCCACCCAGACCGUGCAGACGAUAGGAGUGGUGGCCUUGCCGCCACAGACCCACACCCACCAUGCCCCCACCAAACACCAACCCUCAAAGCAGAGACACAUCCAGCCCAAACCUCCAGCCCAGCCACAGGCCCAGGUUGGCUCUGCAGUCUCCCGCCCACCUUCAAAUCUUGGCACCCAGCUUUCUCCACAGUCUGUGGCUGCCAUGCACGUGCCAAGCCAGGCUCAUGUCAUGACCCAGCGCAUGGUGAGCCCCCAUCCCCCUUCUGGGUUGGGUCAGCACCAUCCUAUGUCCUAUCACCCUCAUGGGGCUCACACCCCGCACCCACCUCGCACACCUCAUGUUCCACACACACACACUCAAAUGCAGAACUUCAGUCAUCAUCCAAACUACAUGAUGGGACCACACCAACAGAUGCUUGGCCACCAUGGGUCAAUGAUCAGCCAGGGCUAUCUCCCACAGCCUCCUGUCACUACGUAUGCACAAGCUCACACCCCUGCCCACUCUUCCUCCUACAUGACGUCUGUCAUCCAGUCCCGGAUGGGAGGACCAGGUGGCCCACAACAGGCGGGACCCAAUUCCUCUGCCUCCUCAUCUCAACGUGGCCAGCCCUCCUCUGGCUCCUCUUCCCAGAGAGCUCCUCCUCAUCCCUCUACUGCCUCAGUGUGUGGAACCUCAGCUACAAACUAUCACUUCAUCAACUCCAGCCCGCCCGGCCCGUCCCCCACCCCGACCCCGAUGGGAGCAGAACAACACCACGGGGGUGUUGUGCAAGGUAGUGCGUCCUCUUGUAGCAUUGCGCGGCUGCAACAGCUGACCAAUGGCAUCAUGGAUAUUGUUCCUGCACCUCCGUGUGCGGGUCACACCCCACCACCCUCACACACUGUCACCCCGCCUCCCUCCCACACAGUGACUCCGCCGCCCAGUGCGACGGCCGCUGCUGCCGCUGCCGCCCAGCGCAACAUGACGCCCCCCAUCUCAAACCUCCAGUCGCAGGUGCCACUGUCCUACAAAUAUAAGUCCCACCAGGCGGCAGCAGCGGCACAGAUGUCCCCCAACAUGAUGGCACCCACCAUGCUGGGCUACCAAGUCAAUGGCUACCGCAUGCCUGGCCAGCCCACCACCAUGUCUCCCCUCAACCCACCGUACCUGACCAACCCUACGUUCAUGAACCAACAGUUGCCGGUGCAGAUGAUGAACGUACAUGCCCAGGCGCCGGGGCAGUACCAGGACCCCCGCUCCCAGCCCCAGAACACCAUGUAUCCCCCCUACUCCUAUGUAACACCACUACAGCUCAAUGGCACCAUGCGGCGAUAGUCCCCAAGUUGUCAUCUCAGUAUUUUUAUUAUGGUGCUUCGUUAUGAGUAGCAGCUGUCAGCACAAAGCUGAAUUAAUGUUGAGUGUGCUGGAUCCAAUGAAAAAUUAUCAGUGACUUAUAUGCAAGACUAGGCAAUAUUUUGACUACUGUAGCUAAGUAAGAUGUUGCAGGGUGUGAUACAGUGAACCAACACAAACUUUAGUUGUUGCUGGACACCCACACAUCUUCACUGCUUAAAUUACACACAAAAAAAGAUUUUUUAGUGAGAACUUAACAUAUUUUUGGGGUCUGUUGUGAGAGCUAUAUUUUAGAUACUUAUUUAUGGUGUUUAUACCAUUUCAGAGAAGUGAAGAUAUAGACAGUUUCCAUUCACUUGUCAAAUUUAAUGAUCAAGUUGCUAACAUAGACUCCCAAGUUGUGUGGAGGAACACUCGCUGAGCCUCGCUCCUUAAAGCUGGAGUGUGGCAGUCUGAGUUCAGUUUCAUGGACUCGUCAGGACAGAGCCUGAUUUCAUCUAAGUACAAAGUGAUCUUAAAUAAUGGACUAUUGGACAGAAAAGUGUGCUUAAUUGUUAUAGAGCAGUGUUAUCUAAGUUUAUUUUAGUGAUGAAGUCUUAGUCUUUUACGUUGUGAUACUGAGCUUGGUGUGAGGCCAAAGUCAGCAUAGUGUGUUAGUGAGGUGGGAGGGGAAGAGGCUCCUCCGGGCUAGUUUCGUAUCCAUCUGUAGAGGCUUCUUUUCUUUAUUUAUUGUAGCCAAAUGCCAUUCGUGUUGCGGUUAUAAAACUGACAAGGACGCGUUUGGCUUUUGUACUUCCAAUCUUUUUUCACUGUAUAUUUUGCAUUUUUCCUUGUCUUUCAUUGUGUUUUUUUGUACAUUUUCUUUCUCCUUGGUAUGAGAGCUUUAGUUACAAGGAUUAUUAUUAAGUUAGCCUUGAGAGCGCAAGUCAACUGAGGUCUAUGUUUACUUCAAGACAGAGCAUUUAUUGAUCUGACUUAUCUGUAUAAAAGGAAAGCACUUUUCAGUCUUCAGUCAUAUUUAAUUAUGCAAUAUGCAGUCAGUGGAGCCUCAAGAGUUUUAUUUUUUUCAAUAAGGUAGAAAUUAUUGUUUAAGUUUUGUACACUGACUAGAAAACUGUUAGUGAGCCCUGAGAGGUGCAGUGCUGCCCGUGGGUGCUGCACUGCAGAGAGUAGUGUGCUGUGUGCUGUACUGAGGUAGAGGGGCUUUCAUAUCCUAUUAAGUGAUACAAAACAACUCGCAUUGAACUUGGUGAGGAAAGGUUGCCGUGUGGGGGGUUGAUGCAGCGUCCAGUAGGGGUCACCUGGCAGGUGUGGGCAGCAUUUUAUGUUUAUGAUCACCCAUAGGAUCUUGUAACUUAGCUGUACAUUUUGCUUUUUAAAAUGUUAAAUAAAAUACUUUAUUUAAAUGUAA